AUGGAGGUCGACCGUGGUACAAAGCGCCGAUUCGACGUAGGUAUACGUGACGUGCUAAAAAGGAAGGAAAACGAAGAAUUGGAUGGUCCUGAUACGCUCCCACCAUUGAGUCCGUCGUUAGCUACUGUCAAUGUUAAUCAGCGUGGCGGUGGUCUUGGCACUCCCACAGGUGCUAUGACCGUGAUUAGCGGGUUCUCCGAUGAGCGUGAUCCUAUCGCUGCGGUGUUAAAUCAACAUGGUCUUGGAUGGCCAGAAGAGUCGAAAGCCAAUGAGGAAAAAUUAGCUGGCGCUGUGCGCACCAUUUUGGAGUGCCUAGGCGAAGACCCAGAUCGUGCUGGUCUGAAAGAUACCCCCAAGCGUUAUGCGCGUGCACUGCUAUGGAUGACGAAAGGAUAUGAAGAGCGUCUAUGUGACGUAAUCUCGAAUGCCAUUUUCGACGAAAACCAUGAUGAGAUGGUUAUUGUACGUGACAUUGAUGUAUACAGCCUUUGUGAACAUCAUUUGGUCCCAUUCAAAGGCAAGAUUCAUAUCGGAUAUAUUCCCAACCGGAUGGUGAUUGGCCUGUCCAAACUCGCGCGUAUUGCAGAAACUUUCGCUCGCCGCCUCUCUGUCCAAGAACGUCUUACACGACAAGUGGCCUUGGCCAUUAAUGAAGCGUUGAAGCCACGAGGUGUGGCUGUCGUGAUGGAGUGCGAGCACAUGUGCAUGGCCAUGCGUGGUGUCCAGAAGCCUGGCGCAAGUACUGUGACCAGCUGCAUGCUGGGCGUAUUCCGGAGCCAUGCCAAAACUCGUGAAGAGUUCUUGAGCCUAAUUCGUCAUUAA